ACCAGGGGCCGCCUAACGGAAAGUUACCAGUAACGCCAUUCUUUCGUCCCAAUUCCCAACUACGUCACCCUUUCUUCCCAAUUGUCUUUAUCUGUCACGUUCUCUUCAACCCUCACUCAACCACAACCCUUCGUUCGGUAGAGUCGAGACCUUUGGGUCUGUCUCUAUUGCGACACCACACUACCUCGAGUAGAUCUCACCAAGUCCCUAUACUACCUAAGAACCUAAACCCACCCUCACCCCACGCCAGUCGCAGCAAUGGGUUUCGUAGCCGGCGUCACCGGCGGCGCAACCCUCACCCUCGGCCUCACCUACCUCGCCAUCUCCGCCCACCAGCGCAACCGCACGCACCAAUCCGACCUCCUACGCGCGCAGACCCGCUUCGUCAACACGCUCGCCCGCGACACUCUCCCCACCAACCUGCGCACGCGCUACCCCGUCAACGAUGAAGACCUAGCCUACUUCCCUCCCCCUCGCUCCGAGCUGGUCGAGCGCGCGCGCCACCGCUUCGUCGAGUCUGUCAAGGACAGGUGGAACCAGGAAAUCCAGAACGCGGUGCGGUGGGCGCAGACGAAGGACUGGUCGUCCGUUCGCGAAAAGGCCGAGGACGCUGUUGCCAGUCUGUUCGGCUACACGAUCGAUCGCAGCGAGUAUGCUGCGGCGAAGGCGAAGGAGGCGGCGAAGGAAGCGGCCAGGAUCGCGGCUGAAAGGAUGAGGUAUGCGGCGGAGGAGGGCAAGGAAACGGGCAAGAUCAUGGCUAGGGAGGCGCAUGCCAGGUCGGAGGAGAUGAGGAGGCGGGCGGCCGAAACGGCGAGGUUGUGGAGCCAGGAAGCCAGGGAGGAAAUGCAGGUUGCCAAGGGUGUGGCGCAGAGGGUCGCUGAGGAGGUGAGGCACGAUGCUGAUGUGGUCAGGGGCGUGGUGAACAGCGUGGUCGACAAGGCGGUUGAGAAGGGCCGCCACGGCAUCGAGAAGGUGGAGGAGGCGGUGGGCAUGGGCAAGGCGGCGGUUGAACUCGCCGAAGAGAAGUUCGAGGCCGCGAUGGACCGGAAACUGUUGCACGUGUCGGAUAUUGACAAGGCGUUGCAGGAGAGGUAUACCAAGAGGGAGGAAGUCAUGAAGAAGAGCGUGCAGGAGGUGUUGGCGGAGAGAUAUAUCCCGAUGGACAAGAGGGACAACACCAGGUUACGCAGUCUUAUUUAGGGGUUGGGCGAUCGGGAUACGUUGCGGGGUCAUCAGUAUAUAGACAAAAGAGGCAGCAGCAGUUGUGGAAGGGUUUUUCAAGAGCGACAAAAUAAUCAUCUCACCAACUCCACACAUUCAAUGGAGGAAGACAUCAACAUCCUAACAGGGAAAAGCAAGAAGAAAAAAGAACAUACAAAGCCAGGUGGUUCACCGGUCAUCACCGAGCCGACUACUAGCCUGGCGGUCACAGGCUGAUCUAAGGGAGAGCGGACGGGAUCCCGAGUUUUGGCCCAGUGACUAUGGUAUGUCUACGUUGUGUGAACAUGAGAAGGAUCAGUCUUCUAUUCAAACAAGUCAUGUGUGAUCGAUUUCCAAAGGCUUUGUGCUGGAUGAUCUUAGUUGUUUAUUGUUAUUCUCAGUUCGGUGCCGUGACACGGGCGCGGUACUAUAGCUUAUAAUUCAAGACGUGACGAUAUGUGUUAGAUGAGUAUAUACAGAAGCUAUAACCAUGGAAUUGGA